AUGGAGAAAGAAGACUCGUCCCCUCCCAAUCCCCGCAAGAUCUCGCUCCAGAGACGCUGGGCGCACGAAUACGCUCUGACACAGCCUGGCUACGAUGACCUCCCAUGCCCAACUACGAACAACGGGGCGUCCCUGAUCACCCCGCCUGGCACCCCGCUGCCACCAAAAAUCUACCCAUUCUCGACACCCAGCGAUGAACAAUCUCGUCGCGACCCGUAUACCCCCGCGUCCACACCCCGGUCGAUGAUGGACAUGGACAGCGAGAUUUUCUGCCUAAAAGUCUGGCUGUCGCUGUCAAACUUUAUCCUUCGGGCCGAGGCCCACCAGCGAGCGCAAUGGCUGCGCAUACUCCACGACCUGCUGACCGAGGAUCAGAUCAACGAAUUGAUAGAGGGGCUCGAGGAUGUGGGAGUCGGGGAGCCAUGGCCGGUCGCGGCGCGCGGAAUGGCCUCCCAAGAGGGCGACGAAGCCUCCCAAGAGGGCGACGAAGCCUUCCAAGAGGAUAGGGGAACCCCCCACGAGGAUGGGGACUUGUCCGAUGAGGAAUGGGAAAUGUCCGAUGAGGAUGCUGAACUCUCCGAUAAGGAUGGGGACGUCUUCCCAGGGGAUGAUGGGGCCUCUGCAAUGGUCGACGCGGACAAGGCCAUGACAGGCGUCCCGACCCUCAAUCGCCCUAAUUAUUGGUUGCCCAUGCAGAUCAUGCAGAUCGUCGGCCAGAAGCGCAAGGCGGCCUCUCUUGACGCGGAGCAGCCUGAUGAAGAGAUCAACUACCUACGACGGCAAGUUUGA